CCGUCCCCGCGCUCGGCUGCCCGCCCCACGCCGGGCUCCGAGCCUCCGACCCCGCACGUUCCCUCGGAGCAGCCAGCCGAGAAGACCCGGUGCCGGCGAGCGAGGAGGGGAAGAUGCGCGCCGGUGGCUUGGCGCUGUCCCUGUCCCUGGGGCUCCUGCUGACGGUCCUGAGCGAGGUGGCGGCGCAGGCGUGCCCGGCCCAGUGCUCCUGCUCCGGCAGCGCGGUGGACUGUCACGGGCUGGCGCUGCGCAGCGUCCCCAGGAGCAUCCCCCGCAACACCGAGCGACUGGAUUUGAAUGGAAAUAACAUCACACGGAUUACAAAGACAGACUUCGCUGGCCUCAGACACCUGAGAGUUCUUCAGCUCAUGGAGAAUAAGAUUAGCACCAUCGAAAGAGGAGCAUUCCAGGAUCUUAAAGAACUGGAAAGACUGCGUUUAAACAGAAACCACCUUCAGCUGUUUCCGGAGUUGCUGUUCCUCGGAACCGCGAAGCUGUACAGGCUUGAUCUCAGUGAAAACCAAAUUCAGGCAAUCCCAAGAAAGGCUUUCCGUGGGGCGGUUGACAUUAAAAACUUGCAGCUGGAUUACAACCGGAUCAGCUGCAUUGAGGACGGGGCAUUCAGGGCUCUCCGGGACCUGGAAGUGCUCACGCUCAACAAUAACAACAUUACCAGGCUGUCUGUGGCAAGUUUCAAUCAUAUGCCUAAACUUCGGACUUUUCGGCUUCAUUCCAACAACCUGCUCUGUGACUGCCACCUGGCCUGGCUCUCCGACUGGCUUCGCCAACGGCCUCGUGUCGGGCUGUACACGCAGUGCAUGGGCCCGGCCCACCUGCGGGGCCACAACGUCGCCGAGGUCCAGAAGCGAGAAUUUGUCUGCAGUGAUGAGGAAGAAGGUCACCAGUCCUUCAUGGCCCCGUCCUGCAGUGUGCUUCACUGCCCUGCCGCUUGUUCCUGCAGCAACAACAUCGUGGACUGCCGCGGGAAAGGCCUCACGGAGAUCCCCACCAACCUGCCGGAGACCAUCACCGAAAUACGUUUGGAACAGAACUCGAUCAAGGUCAUCCCUCCUGGAGCUUUCUCACCAUACAAAAAGCUGAGAAGAAUCGACCUGAGCAAUAACCAGAUCUCGGAACUCGCCCCAGACGCCUUCCAAGGACUGCGCUCACUGAACUCCCUUGUCCUCUAUGGAAAUAAGAUCACAGAACUUCCAAAAAGUUUGUUUGAAGGAUUGUUUUCCUUACAGCUACUAUUAUUGAAUGCCAACAAGAUAAACUGCCUUCGGGUAGAUGCUUUUCAGGACCUCCACAACUUGAACCUUCUCUCCUUGUAUGACAACAAGCUUCAGACCAUCGCCAAGGGGACCUUCGCCCCUCUCCGGGCCAUUCAAACCAUGCACCUGGCCCAGAACCCCUUUAUUUGCGACUGUCACCUCAAGUGGCUGGCGGAUUACCUCCACACCAACCCAAUCGAGACCAGUGGCGCCCGCUGCACCAGCCCCCGCCGUCUGGCAAAUAAAAGAAUCGGACAGAUCAAAAGCAAGAAGUUCCGCUGUUCAGCUAAAGAACAGUAUUUCAUUCCAGGUACGGAAGAUUAUCGAUCAAAAUUAAGUGGAGACUGCUUUGCAGACUUGGCUUGUCCUGAGAAGUGCCGCUGUGAAGGCACCACCGUGGACUGCUCCAAUCAGAAACUCAGCAAGAUCCCGGACCACAUUCCUCAGUACACGGCAGAGCUGCGUCUCAAUAAUAACGAAUUCACGGUGUUGGAAGCCACAGGAAUCUUUAAGAAACUUCCUCAGUUACGUAAAAUGAUGCUGAGAAGCAACCGCAUCAGCUGCGUGGGGAACGACAGCUUCGUAGGCCUGGGCUCCGUGCGCCUGCUCUCUCUGUACGACAAUCAGAUCACCACGGUGGCUCCAGGAGCGUUCGAUACCCUCCACUCCUUGUCGACUCUGAACCUCUUGGCCAACCCUUUCAACUGUAACUGCUACCUGGCCUGGCUGGGGGAGUGGCUCAGGAAGAAACGGAUUGUGACAGGAAACCCUCGCUGUCAGAAACCCUACUUCCUCAAAGAGAUCCCCAUCCAAGACGUGGCCAUUCAGGAUUUCACCUGCGAUGACGGCAAUGACGGUGACAGCUGCUCCCCGCUCUCGCGCUGUCCCCCAGAGUGCACCUGCCUGGACACGGUCGUCCGAUGUAGCAACAAAGCCUUGAAGGUCUUGCCAAAAGGUAUUCCGAGAGAUGUCACAGAGUUGUACCUGGAUGGGAACCAAUUUACACUGGUUCCCAAGGAGCUCUCUAACUACAAGCAUUUAACACUUAUAGACUUAAGUAACAACAGAAUAAGCACCCUUUCCAAUCAGAGCUUCAGCAACAUGACACAGCUCCUCACCCUAAUCCUCAGUUACAACCGGCUGAGAUGCAUCCCGCCUCGAACCUUCGAUGGGCUGAAGUCUCUUCGCUUACUCUCUCUACAUGGGAACGACGUUUCGGUCGUGCCUGAAGGCGCUUUCAAUGACCUUUCCGCUCUGUCCCACCUCGCGAUUGGAGCCAACCCUCUUUACUGUGACUGCCACAUGCAGUGGUUGUCCGACUGGGUGAAGUCGGAGUACAAGGAGCCUGGGAUCGCUCGCUGCGCCGGUCCUGGGGAGAUGGCUGACAAACUCUUACUCACAACCCCCUCCAAGAAAUUUACAUGCCAAGGCCCUGUGGAUGUCAAUAUUCUAGCCAAAUGCAAUCCCUGUUUAUCGAAUCCCUGCAAGAACGAUGGCACCUGCAACAAUGACCCGGUCGACUUUUACCGAUGCACCUGUCCCUACGGGUUCAAGGGGCAGGACUGCGAUGUCCCCAUCCACGCGUGCAUCAGCAACCCGUGCAAACACGGAGGAACCUGCCACUUGAAGGAGGGAGAGAAAGACGGGUUCUGGUGUAUUUGCGCUGAUGGGUUCGAAGGAGAAAAUUGUGAAGUCAAUGUUGAUGACUGUGAAGACAAUGAUUGUGAAAACAACUCUACAUGUGUGGACGGGAUUAAUAACUACACCUGCCUUUGCCCACCUGAGUACACAGGCGAGCUGUGCGAGGAGAAGCUAGGCUUCUGUGCGCGAGACCUGAACCCCUGCCAGCACGGCUCCAAGUGCAUCCUGACGCCGGAGGGAUUCAGAUGCGACUGCACCCCGGGGUACGUAGGCGAGCACUGCGACAUCGACUUUGACGACUGCGAAGACAACAAGUGCAGAAACGGGGCCCACUGCACCGACGCCGUCAACGGCUACACAUGCACCUGCCCUGACGGCUACAGCGGCCUGUUCUGUGAGUUCUCCCCUCCCAUGGUCCUCCCCCGCACCAGCCCCUGUGACAAUUUCGACUGUCAGAAUGGGGCCCAGUGCAUUGUCAGGACGGACGAGCCCACCUGUCAGUGUCUGCCUGGCUACCAGGGGGAGAAGUGCGAGAAGCUGGUCAGUGUGAACUUCGUGAACAAGGAGUCCUACCUGCAGAUCCCUUCCGCCAAGGCUCGGCCGCAGACGAACAUCACGCUGCAGAUUGCCACAGACGAGGACAGCGGGAUCCUCCUGUACAAGGGUGACAAAGACCACAUCGCGGUGGAGCUGUACCGGGGGCGCGUCCGCGCCAGCUACGACACAGGCUCCCAUCCGGCCUCUGCCAUUUACAGUGUGGAGACGAUCAAUGAUGGGAACUUCCACAUCGUGGAGCUGCUGGCCCUGGAUCAGAGUCUCUCCCUGUCUGUGGAUGGAGGGAGCCCGAAAAUCAUCAGCAACUUGUCAAAGCAGUCCACUCUGAAUUUCGACUCCCCGCUCUACGUAGGAGGCAUGCCCGGCAAGAACUACGUGGCCUCUCUGCGCCAGGCCCCCGGGCAGAAUGGCACCAGCUUCCAUGGCUGCAUCCGGCACCUCUACAUCAACAGCGAGCUGCAGGACUUCCGGAAGGUGCCCAUGCAGACCGGCAUCCUGCCGGGCUGUGAGCCAUGCCACAGGAAGGUGUGUGCCCAUGGCACGUGCCAGCCCGGCAGCCAGACGGGCUUCUCCUGCGAGUGCGAGGAAGGGUGGAUGGGGCCCCUCUGCGAUCAGCGGGCCAACGACCCCUGCAUUGGAAAUAAGUGUGUCCACGGCACGUGCCUGCCCAUCAACGCCUUCUCCUACAGCUGCAAGUGCCUGGAGGGUCAUGGCGGCGUCCUCUGUGAUGAAGAGGAGGGUCUGCUCAACCCCUGCCAGGCGCUCCGGUGUAAGCACGGGACAUGCAGGCUCUCCGGGGCCGGGCAGCCCUACUGCGAGUGCAGCAGCGGGUACACCGGGGACAGCUGCGACCGCGAAAUGCCCUGCCGCGGGGAGCGGGUGCGGGACUACUACCAGAAGCAGCAGGGGUACGCCGCCUGCCAGACCACCAAGAAGGUGUCGCGCCUGGAGUGCCGGGGUCGCUGCGCGGGCGGGGACAGGCAGUGCUGCGCGCCCCUGCGCAGCAAGCGGCGGAAAUAG